AUGUGGAAACCUUCAACCACUCUCAUUGAUUUUUCCAGGUGUCUCUGCAUCGUGGACAACGUAACAGGGGCUGUGGAAUUCCUCCUCCUGGGGUUUUCAGAUAAUCUCCAAAUCCAGCCACUCCUCUUCUGCCUCUUCCUAUCCAUGUACCUGGUCACUGUCACGGGGAAUCUGCUCAUCGUCCUCAUCGUUAGCUCUGACCCACACCUCCACACGCCUAUGUACUUCUUCCUCUCCAUCCUGUCCCUGAGUGAUGUAGGUUUUACCUCCACCACCAUCCCAAAGGUGAUUUGGGACAUUCACACUCGAAACAAAAUCAUCUCUUAUGCAGGCUGCCUGUCGCAAUUGUCUCUUUUCAGCCUUUUUGCCUUUCUGGACAGUGUCAUUCUCCUGGUGAUGUCGUAUGACCGCUUUGUGGCCAUCUGUCACCCCCUGCACUACUCCGUCAUCAUGAACCCCCACCUCUGUGGCCGGCUGCUCCUGGCAUCUUUAUCCUUCUGCUUCGUGAAUGCCCAGCUGCACUGGAUGAUUCUCCUACCACAGACUUUCUGCACCCACGUGGAAGUUCCUCAUUUCUUCUGUGACCUCCCUCAACUCAUGAGACUGGCCUGUGGGGCCACCUACACCGAUUACUUAUUAAUGUAUGUUAUCGGUGCUGUCCUUGGGGCUGUCCCAGCCACAGGGAUCCUGUACUCUUACACGAAAAUUGUUUGUUCCAUUUUGAGAGUCUCAUCCACAGGGGGGAGGUCCAAAGCCUUCUCCACCUGUGGCUCUCACCUGUCUGUUGUUUGCUUAUUUUAUGGGACGGGACUUGGGAUGUACUUCAGUUCAACUGUUUUCCAUUCUUCCAAGAAUGUGACUGUUACCUCAGUGGGGUACACAAUGAUUGUUCCCAUGCUGAACCCCUUCAUCUACAGCCUAAGAAACAAGGACAUCAAGAGGGCCUUCCAAAAACUUCUGAGUAGAUCGGUAUAG